AUGAAAUGGUUACUCGCCUCCGUGAGUAAAGGACGAGAUGUUAGUGACUUUUAUCCGCACGUCGUCAAGCUGGUCGGAGCUUACAGUCUGGAGGUACGCAAAAUGGUCUAUAUGUACCUCGAACAGUACGCGGAUCACGACCCAACAACACGCGAACUCUCUCUGUUGUCCAUCAACGCUUUCCAACGUGGUUUAGCCGAUACGGAACAAUGGAUUCGAGCUCUGGCUUUGCGUGUCUUGACCUCGAUUCGACUCGCCGAUAUUUUGCAAAUUCAAAUAUUGGGCGUCCAAAAAUGCUCUCAGGAUUCGUCACCCUACGUGCGUAAGUGUGCCGCGAACGCCUUGUCCAAGCUGCAUCCGCGGUGUGCACCAGAUCCGUCCCAGCAGACCCUCUUAUUGGAGAUUUUACAGUCCAUGCUGGAUCGAGACAAGGCUACCAUGGUGCUAACGUCCGCCUUGAUUGCGUUUCAAGAACUGUGUCCGGAACGGCUGGAACUCUUGCACGGUUCUUUUCGAAAAACGUGUCAUCUCUUGACCGACAUGGACGAGUGGGGGCAAGUCGUGACUAUUGAGAUUCUGGCACGAUACUGUCGACGUUUUUUUAAAGAACCCCUGGGAUGGCGGAACGGGUCUGCGGAGCAGAUUGAUCGCGAACAAGGUUUCUAUUCCGACGAAGAGGAUGCAAGCACCGAGGAAGAAUCUUCCAACGUUUUGUUUUCGACUCAGGAGGACACCGAGCUGGCCGAAGAUCAUCAACGUCUCCUACAUGCCGCUAUGCCUUUGCUCAAAAGUCGCAACGCUGGCGUCGUACUCGCCACCUGCUCUCUGCAAUAUUACUGUGGUAUCUCCAGUAUUCAAGUACGUGCCGCUAUGGGAAGGGCACUUGUCAGGAUCCAUAGAGAUUGCCGCGAAAUUCAAUACGUGGUAUUGACCGCCAUUCGCGAUUUGGUGAAGCAUUGCCCAUCAGCGUUUGCCCCAUUUUUGCACGAUUUUUUCGUCAAGGCUCUAGAUCCGCCCUUUACUCGUCUGAUCAAGCUCGAUAUUCUGACUUCGCUGGCGCUGGAGCCUGCUGCCAUUAAAGCCGUGCUGCAAGAAAUGCGCUCCUACGUGCGAGACGGACACGUCGAAUUCGUGCGGCAUGCAAUUCGAGCAGUUGGACGUACCGUCGAAUUAGCUCGCAUCGUGUAUGAUCGACACGGUCAAAAAUCUGGCAAAACCAGCGUUCUGGCUAAAGAACGUGCCGAAACGAAUAGUAUCGCAUUGGAUUGCUUGCAUGGACUAUUGACGUUGACGCAAACAUCAGAUCACGUUGUCAUUGUUGGAGAAUGUGUUUGUGUGAUGCAGCGCAUUUUGCAGCUGUUGCAAGCGCCUGAGCCCUACACCGGCGAAAUUUCUGUGGUUAAAGAUCCUAAUAAUGUUCAGCAACGAGCCGUGCAGCGCAUUUUGAUACUGCUGGUGUAUACCCUAUCUUCACGCGUCGAGAACGCACCAGAGGAUGAUGAGGACGCUUCUGAACCGACUGUGUUGGCAAAAAUCGCCGUUUCGCUUUCAUCCGAUGCAACAGCAUCCGCCUUAUGGGUUGUCGGAAGUUUGUGUUUUGCGCCUCUAACGGAAUCACCGCUUAGUGAAUCGGUGGGCGUUGGCCUGGUUAAGGGUUCUGCUCGUUUAGAAGUGGCUCGUCUAAUAGCACGGGCGUUUCUGGAAAUGGAAGCGGUCGAGAAGGAGCAAGCAAUUCAUUUCGCAUCUCGUAUUAUGGUCUCUAAGGCCACCUCUUUGAACGGAUCGUCAACUGAAGAGUUUGCCCUGUGUGAGGCUAUCUUGUCGAUGGCUCGUACCGACGUCAACGUCGAUGUUCGAGAUCGUGCCCGAUUCGAGUCCAACCUUGUUCGAGCCACCGUCGGCCUUCAACAUGACACAGACGCAAUGGAAGACCUACCAGUACUAAAACGACAGCUGACGGUCGGAGAUGCAAAACGAAUGUUGUUGACAUCCAAACCGGCAUGUUCUUCUCUUCCACUGGAAGAUGAUUUCAGUACCGUUUCGGGCGAGAACGGUGGCUUUCGUUUUGGAACUCUCAGUAGCUUGGUUGGCCAUCGUGCCCGUAAAGCAUACUUGCCAUUGCCCCGCUGGGCGGAUCAAAACAGUUCUGAUACGUUACGUGUGCCAAUUGAAGACAAAAAGACAGAUGCUUUAAAAGAUGUUGAAGGUGAGACGAGAACGAAGAACACGAACGGUGCAAAUGAGUUUUACGAGUCCUCAGACGAUGACGAGCAGGACAGCUCUUCGGAAAGCUCCUCGCAGGACAGUAGCGAUGAAGCCGGAUCUUCCUCGGACUCAUACAGCGAUGAAUCAUCUUCUUCUGACGAUGACGACGAGUCUUCUAGCGAUGAUAGUGAUGUAGGCAUGCAAAGCCUUGGUCAAGAUGCCACGUUGAUACCGAUGGAAGUUGAACAGCGGAAAGUCGCGCACGAUUUGAAUUCUCAGAAACUACCUCUUCCAGUGGUAGAGAAUGUUGACGGGUCUUCCUCUUCCGAAGAGGAGGCCAGCAGCACGUCUAGCGAUGAUGAGACCUCGACCGAUAGUUACAAACUCAGUCCAAAAGCCAACGGUGGGACACAUGACGGCACUUUCAUACCCCUAGACGCUUCCAGCAAAGCUGCGCCUGCUGCAACUUCCACCAUUGCCUCCUCCUUAGCUAGUGACUUUGAAGGCAUGACAUUGGCACCCGCUAUCCAAAAUCAAAAGCCGCAACUGGAUCCCGACCGCGACAGGGAUUCUAGCGUUUGGCAAGUCUGGGUACGGCCCGAACACGCGAAUGGAUUGUUGGUGAAGAUUCGCUAUCUACGAGGACCAACUCGGUCCAAAGAGGCGCAGGUUUUGGUCGGCACGGGAGCCGAGAAACCUUCCCUGGUCCUGUUGCAAGUGAGAUUUGAAAACAGUAAGGAUACAACAGUUCGGCGAUUGCGCAUUCUCCAACGGGCUUCCGCUUCGGGUACGUCUUCAUCCAUUGCACCCCGCAAAAUGCUUCUUCCUCCCGAAAUCGACCAACUGAAAAAAGGACAAACCGUGGAUCACAUCGUGGCCAUUGAAUUCGCCAGUGUUUCCGAUCGGGAAGGUACAAUGUUGGCAAAACUGGAAGUCAAGUUUAGCACUGGCGGCAUACCGGUGGAAAUAAAGCCGAGUCUUUGCGAUUUAUUGUUGCCCUGUUUUCGAUCGGUGGCAGACUUUGAUCAAGCCGUAGCCCGACUGCAAGGCUUUCAACGGGUGGAUACACGCUUUCCUAUGUCCGACGAUUCCCAAGCCCAGCGUGACACCCUGAUGUCCCGUUUGAUGCGAACGGCGCCCUGGACAUUGAUCCUCGAAGGUGAUGCCGAAGCUACCAGAGAUGAAACAUGGCCCGGCCAAAAGUUGCGUUUGGCGGGCACGCUGCCAGCAUCGUCCGAUCCCGUGUACGUCUUGGUGACAAUCACGGGGUCUGGUAUUACGGGCCCGGGUAGUGCCGGUGGUGGAUGCCAGGCACUCUUGUCUGUUUGUUCCGACAACGCAUUGGCCGUGAAUAGCAUUUUGAACACGUUGAAAAAGACGGUUCAGAACUUGAGCGAUACGGAAACACAGUAGUCUUCUAUAGCCAGAUAGGUAGUACACAAAAAAAAACUCUGUCUAGAGCAACUCUUCGCGAAACCGUAAACGUCUUAAGAUAACGCAGCCGUAAAGGUA